AUGAAAACUGCACAUUAUUUGUGCCAUUUAUUACUGUCAGCAACUUGGGCGAUCCAAAAUCUACGUGUUACAGAGCUGACGUCAAACUCGCUACAACUGAGCUGGGAUAAAGAAUCGCAAUUCAAAGAAUACGAAGUCACAUUCAAGCGCUUUUCGAGGGCGAAACCAAAGAAAUAUGUUAUCAAAGAAAAUCUGAUCCGCUUCCGGCGCACGAAACCAGCAAGGCGGUAUUUUCUAUCUGUCCAAGGCAUUGAACGGGACGGAUCGACAGGUUCAAUUGGAAAGAUAAAAGUUCAAACCCUGCGUUCACCUGCUGGAAAUCCUGUUAUUAAAAAGACCACCGAAACGUCAAUAGAAUUUUCCUUCGCGAAAUCGAGUGAUCCCAAUAUAAAUUCGUAUCUGGUCCGUGCAGAAGCAGUCAAAGGCGAUGCGAUCUCCUUCGAAAAACAGCGCACGAAACGAGCAUAUGGAAGUUAUCGACCACAAACACCAGUUUCUACCUCCAGGAGGACCUCGUCACGCAAUCGUAACCAAGCAGCAUCUACUCCAUCAUCUACAUACGGAUACCCAAUUGUCGACAAGAGCAAGUUUGACCCAGAUGCAACAGUGAUCAAGGAAUGCAAGCGAAUCGACCAAACGGACCUUGUAAUUUUGAUUGAUGGUUCCUGGUCGGUGACGCCGACCAACUUUGAGCGGGUGAAGAUUUUCCUCAGCGCCCUGCUCAAACAUUUUUCGAUCGGGCACGAUGCUUCUAUGAUUGGUAUUGCCCAGUACUCUGAUAACCCGCGUCUCGAGUUCGGUCUCAACGAACACUACGAUUUUCCUUCGCUCAACGCCGCUGUCAAUCGUAUGAAAUACAAAGGUGGCAACACUGCUACUGGGAAGGCCCUAACCUUUGCUCUCGACCACGUUUUUGGCCGUUCUUCGAGACCUAAUGCUCAAAAGGUCGUUCUGAUCAUCACUGACGGCGAAUCACUGCAAGAUACCGUUACCGAGCCAGCUCGCCGUCUUCGAGAAAACGGAGUUGAGAUUUUCUCAAUCGGUGUUGGUGAUGAAAUCAAUCUUGAAGAGUUGAAAGACAUGGCAACUGACCCCGAUUCGAACCAUGUUUUCCAAGUUGGGGGAUACAAUGCCAUUACGGGAAUCACCACUCAAGUACUGAAAGAUAUCUGUCGAAUCAAGGUCCUAUGUGCUGAACUUCUGACUCCGUCAAAUGGAAGAAAGGACUGCACUAAAAAACAAGCGGUUGUAGGCGUACGUUGCAACUUCGACUGUCAUACAGGCUACGAUAUCCGCGGCUCGACCAUGCGUGAAUGCCAAGCUGAAGGCGGAUGGUCAGGCCAGCAGCCAAAUUGCGAACGAAGCACUUGUCCUGAACUCUCUGCGCCACAACAUGGUCGACUUAGUUGCACUGAAGGAAUUCGAAUCGGAAGCCAAUGUCGAACUACAUGUUUGGAGGGCUACAAAUUGCGUGGUUCGAAGACAACUAAUUGCCAACUGAACGAGCGAUGGUCACAUGAUUUACCAGUAUGUGAGCUUGUCCGUUGCCCUGAGUUGCGAAUUUCGCUGAGCCCGCAUUUGCGAAUGGACUGCACUGAAGGAAACAUCUAUCGCUCGUCUUGCUCAUUCUCUUGUGAAAUCGGCUGGGAGCUCCGUGGCGAUGACACUCUCGAGUGCGACGCAUCUGGAAACUGGAAUGGAGACAUUCCAUUUUGUCAGGAGAUCGUCUGUGGGGCGCGAAGUGCCCCGUUGCAUGGCCACAUUAGCUGCUCAAACCGAGAUAAGCACAACUCAAAGUGUUCGUACAGCUGCGACUCGGGCUAUGAGCUAAUCGGCUCUGAUGAAACCGUAUGCCAGUCGGACGGACAAUGGUCUUAUCCAAGUCCAAAGUGUGUGAAAGUGUCAUGCGGUCCUUUGGUCGCACCCGAAAAUGGACGUUUAGAAUGCUCCGGCACAGAUGCGCUUUUUGGCACCGAAUGCGAGGCCAUUUGUAAUGAAGGAUUUAAACUAACAUCUGGCUCGAAGAUCCGAAAAUGUCUUCCUGACACGACUUGGUCUGGAACUCCUGCCCAAUGCUCGCAAAUUGUUUGCCCACUGCUUGACUCUCCUGAUCACGGACGACGACUAUGCUCGAAUGCGAACAAUUACGGAAGUCGAUGUCGAUUUGCUUGCCAAGUCGGUUACGACUUUACCGGAACAGAAAUCAGAGUGUGUCAAGAAGACGGCACCUGGAGUGGUGAGCUCGCCAAGUGCUCUAUCAAGGAAUGCAUUGAAGUUCCAAAGCCACUUUCUGGAGAUGCUGACUGCUCGAACGGCAACCGUUUUAACUCGCUUUGUCGAUACAACUGCGAUGCUGGCUUCAAUCUUGAGGGCGCGCGGGAGAACUUCUGUGAUGGUCAGUGGUCGGUAUCUCAAGCACCAGACUGCAUUGUCGGCCAAUGUGCUCCCCUCGAUCCUCCAACUUUUGGCGAGAUUAACUGCUCAGAUGACAACAGAGUUGGCUCUAAAUGCGAAUUCGCUUGUAACGAAGGCUACGAAAUUUUCGGCGACGAGCCAAAAUGUACGCCUACAGAAUGCCCUAUUCUGUCUUCUCCCAAAAACGGUGUUGUUUUAUGCACUGCUGAUCGAGCAUAUCGCUCGAUUUGUCAGUUCAAAUGCAACGACGGCUACUCCUUAAUCGGAAACAGUUUGAUGGAAUGCACGGCUACCAAGAAGUGGAAUCCCGAGGAAGCGCCAAUUUGCGUCGAAAUUGUCUGUCCAAUUAUGCCCAAGCUGGAAAACGGAAAUACAAAAUGCUCAGAUGAGAAUCGUCAUCAAUCAGUUUGCAGAUUCGUUUGUGGCGAAGGAUACCGACUGAAGGGCUCACGUUCUUCAAUCUGCUCCACUGAUGGAAAGUGGUCUGCUGAAAUGCCAGUUUGUGAGGAAAUCGUGUGUGACGAACUUCCAACUCCACAAGACGGAUCCAAGGACUGUUCAGGCGAUAAAUUUGGCGAAAAGUGCUUGUUUUCUUGUGAUACUGGAUUCGAUCUUUCUGGUUCCGAAGAGCGAACAUGCCAGGCCGAUGGAACAUGGACCGGUGUCCCUGUUCACUGCACCAAAGCCACUUGUGGUCUUCUGCCCAAGCCCCGCCAUGGAUCCGUACAGUGCUCCGCUGGUGGCGAUUUUGGCUCGGUUUGCUCUUUUACUUGCGAUUCCGGUUAUUCUCUUGUUGGAUCCAAAACAAGAACGUGUGAGGCCGACCACGCUUGGUCCGGGUCUCAGCCUUAUUGUCUUCAAGUCACGUGUUCUGUUCUUGUCCCACCUGCAAAUGGAUACCUUUCAUGCUCAGCCGGAAAUUUGUUCAACUCAAUCUGUACCUUUAGUUGCAAAACUGGAUUCAAUCUUCAGGGUAACAAUGAAGCAAAAUGCGGGCUGAAAGGAGAAUGGGAUAAUUCUCCUCCAACUUGCUCGAUUAUGUCCUGCCCACCUGCUGUGGAACUGGAUCAUGGACGAAGUCGAUGUUCAGACGGAUCAAACUACGGCUCUCGUUGCAGCUAUUCCUGCAAUCUCGGUUAUGAGCUGGAAGGCUCGUCAAGUCGCGAGUGCUUGGAUAUUGGUUGGUCCGGUGAAAGUCCAUUUUGCUCGCUCAUCAGAUGUCCUCGACAUCCAGUUCCUGAUAACGGAAAGAUGUCUUGUACAAAUAGGAACAAAUACGACUCCGAAUGCAGUUUCAGCUGCGAUCCAGGGUACAACCUUCUCGGUCCAAACGAACGAAAAUGUGGCGCAGACCACAAAUGGUCUGGUUCUCGGGAACCAAUGUGCGAACUUAUCCGCUGCUCGACUCUGGACGCACCUUUCCACGGAACAAUUAACUGUGCAAAUUCGGACUUUUAUGGCUCAGAAUGCGAGUUCCACUGCGAAACUGGCUAUGAGCUUAUUGGCUCUGAUGUUAGAACGUGUGGUGUUAAUCAGAACUGGUCUGGCGUUCACCCAAUUUGUCAGCCUAUAACAUGUGGUGAGCUGACUUCCCCACAGCACGGCUCCAUUCUUUGCUCUAACGCGGACGGCUACGGUAGCAGUUGCAAGUUUUUCUGCGAUCUUGGCUACUCGCUCGAAGGCAGUAAAGACCGAGAAUGUACAGCGAAGGGUAAAUGGACAGGGGAGCAGCCACAGUGCAUUGAAGUCAGAUGUGGACAAAUGGAAUCGCUUCAUCACGGAAAAACAGUUUGUACAGAUGAGGAUAUGUUCAGCUCAGUUUGCACGAACGAGUGUGACUCUGGAUUCCAGUUGACCGGCUCGCGAGUUCGAAUCUGCGAAUCAAGCGGUACCUGGUCUGGCCGCGUCGCCAAGUGUGUCGAGGUUUCUUGUCCGCCAAUCGAACUUGAGCCUCAUACCUCUGCUUCCGGCUCGUGCGCUGUCCAGCCACAAAAUUACGGUCGAGUUUGCACCUUUUUCCCCGACUCUGGAUGGGAACUGGUUGGUGCUAGACAGGUUCUUUGCCAAGGUUCUGGGCGAUGGUCUGAGAUUCCACCUACCGCCGAGUUGGUCAAAUGUGGUGAUUUGGGAAACAUUGCUCAUGGCGCCGUGAGCUGUAGCUUUGGUUCUACUUUUGGUUCUGUCUGCUCUUAUAAAUGCGAUCUCGGAUAUACACCUAUUGGUUCAACAGAAAUUAAGUGCGGAAGAGAUCGUUCAUGGGACGAUUUCCCGCCUUUCUGCCAAAUUAAUCGGUGCGAGCCACUGACUGAACCUUCGAAUGGACGCAUGUUCUGCGUAGCUGACAACACAUUCGGCUCCGAGUGUGCAAUGUCGUGCAAUAUGGGAUACAUGCUUCGAGGGUCCUCUUCUCGAACCUGCGGCGCCGAUCAAAAGUGGUCAGGCGAACCCGCAGAGUGCGUCGCGGUGCAAUGUGAAGCCAUUCACGAACCAGAAUACGGAACUAUGAUUUGCUCGAAGAACAGGAAUUUCGGCUCAAUCUGCACGAUCAAUUGCGACAGUGGCUAUGACUUAAUCGGACCAAGGCAGCGAGCUUGUGGCGCAGAAGGCCGCUGGUCUGGUUUGCCACCAACUUGCGAAUUGAUCCACUGUGGACCGACGACUUCUCCUCAACACGGAAAUGUUACCUGUUCCAUGUUCGAUCAGUUCGGCUCGCAGUGCCAGUAUGAGUGUAAUGAAGGUUACAAACUCGUUGGCUCAAAUAGCCGAGUGUGCCAAGAAUCAGGUGCUUGGACCGGAAUUCAACCAGUAUGUGAGUUGGUUCAAUGUAGACCACUUGCCUCGCCCGAAAAUGCGUUUGUUGCCUGUUCAUCUGGAAAUGACUACAACUCACGAUGCCGUUACGUUUGCACGGUCGGAUUUGAGCUUGUUGGUUCGGAUAACAGAGUGUGCCAAGCGAAUGGACGCUGGACAGGAGAUAGACCUUAUUGCGAACAGAUUACAUGUGGUGUGCUGUCCGAUAUCCCUAGAGGUCGCAUAGUGUGCGCUGAUGAGGAUCGCUACAAUUCCGAGUGCGCGUACAAAUGCAAUUCUGGCUUCUCGAUAUACGGAUCUACGACUCGUCGCUGCCUCGAAACUGGAAAAUGGUCGGGCUCGGUUCCAGAGUGUCACCGAGUCAGUUGUCCAGCGCUUCUGCCUCCAGAUCACGGUUCGAUGAAGUGCAACCAAGAAAGCCAUCACAAUUCCACUUGUUCAAUUACAUGCGAUACUUGCUUUACUCUGGUCGGAUCAACGGCUAGGCGAUGUCGCGCUGAUGGUCUUUGGUCGGGAGAAGAACCACUUUGUCAGAGAUCUCAAUGCACACCUUUGUUGAAUCCGUUGAAUGGAAAGAAGCAUUGUUCGAUGGGCGACGAGUGUGGAUCAGAGUGUAGUUUUAGCUGUCUACCGGGAUUCAGCAUGUCUGGAAACGAUACGAGAACAUGUACAGCCGACGGCGGAUGGACCGGAACAACGCCGAAAUGCAUUCGCGAAAGUUGUAUUCCGAUGAACCCUGAUCCGGAACUGACGAUGACAUGUUCUGACGACAAUAAAGUCGGGUCUAAUUGCACCUUUACUUGUCCUCCAGACCAGAAUUUGAUCGGCUCCAAAUGGCGAGAAUGCACCUCCACAGGACAAUGGACGAACACGCUUCCAGUCUGUCGUCAAUGCUCCCACCUCAAAUCAGACUUAGUCUUUAUCAUCGAUGGCUCCUGGUCUGUAGGAAACGAAAACUUUAGAAAAGCGAAAGAUUUCAUGAAGUCCCUCGUGAAUCCGUUUGAAAUCGGCUGGGACUACACACGAGUCGCCGUGCUUCAGUACUCGGAUGAUCCAAGAAUCGAGUUCUAUCUUAAAGACUAUCAGGAUAAGACGACACUUUUGAAUGCAAUCGAUGCCAUAACAUACAAAGGUGGAAACACAAGGACUGGAGAGGCUAUUCGGUAUAUGAUGGGGCACAUUUUCUCUGUCGAAGCUGGCUCACGGCCGUACGUCAAAAAACAUAUGGUUUUACUUACUGAUGGACAGUCUCAGGAUGAUGUGGGAGCACCAGCCCGCGCAGCAAAGAAUUUCAACAUUCGAACAUUCGCGAUCGGAGUCGGUCAAGCAAUCGAGGAUGAGCUGAAGCUCGUGGCAACUCCACCAUUUUCAGACACUCUUUACCAUGUCGAAGAUUAUGAUGGAAUUCGCCAUUUGCAAGAUACGCUUGCGUUUAAGUUCUGCGAAGAUCUUGAGCCACAAAUGAACGCAGCAAUGACUGGCGGCUACGGCGGAGAAUGUGUGUGCCCAGCGGGUCCCCUUGGUCCUCAAGGUCCAGAAGGACCGGCCGGCCAGCCUGGCCGCCCGGGUCCGCCUGGUGUUCCUGGUUUGAUGCCACCUAGUUCUCUGGACAAGGAAGACGUCAUCGAGCUUUGCCGGCAAGUUUCGACGAACGUGUUCCGUCGCUCGCGAGCUCAAAGUGCAGCAGUAGCAGCUAACAGCGGCAGCCGACGCCAGUCAUUAAACAACCGCCGUCGCCCAAAUAAUAGAAAUUAA